ACGAGAAGGCGGCGGCGAGCGAUUGGGCGAAACAGGAAAUGUCAGGCGCGGCCGUGGCUCUGCCGGCAGCCGGCUUUAAUGCUCCGCUGACGAGAUCCGGGCCUGGUUCCUGAGGAGAGUCUGACGAAAGACGCCCGAAAGACGCGGGAGCCUGCUGCGAGGGGAAGCCGACUCGGGAGACAGGGCCGCUUCGUCGCACGGUAACCUGGCGGAGGCCGGAGCCCUGCAAGUGGCUCAGCUGAGAGGGGAGCGGCGGACGAUGGAGCUGGGAGAGGCCUCGCCCCGUCAGCGCUGACUAUGACAUUACUGUAGAUGAGCUAUAUGCCCUGGUUGGAUUCAGCGGACAAUAAUGAGUGGUGCAGCUUUGGGCAUUGAGAUAGUAGUUGUCUUCUUUCUGGCAUUAAUCAUACUACAUCGGUAUGGAGACUUCAAAAAACAGCACAAGCUUGUGAUUGUAGCUACCCUACUUGCUUGGCACCUCUGUUUUCUCAUAGUAUUUAUAUUGCCUUUGGAUGUCACAACGACUAUAUACAAUCGAUGCAAGGUUCAUCUGAAUUCUAGUCCACUUGAAAGUACCACCAGUAAUGUUUCAUACACUACUCCUGCUCCAAGAAAACAUGAAUGUUUCAAACCAUGGAGUUAUAUUCCUGAUGGAAUUAUGCCAAUCUUUUGGCGGGUGGUAUACUGGACAUCACAGUUCUUAACAUGGAUUCUGUUACCCUUUAUGCAGUCAUAUGCUAGGUCAGGAGGCUUUUCCAUUACUGGAAAGAUUAAAACAGCAUUAAUUGAAAAUGCAAUCUACUAUGGGACAUACCUUCUGAUAUUUGGAGCAUUCUUAAUAUAUGUGGCUAUAAAUCCAAAGUUCAACCUGCAAUGGAGUCAACUUCAGACAAUUGGAAUAGCUGCUGCCAACACCUGGGGCCUUUUCCUUUUGGUGCUGCUGUUAGGGUAUGGCCUGGUUGAAAUUCCACGCUCUCACUGGAAUGGAGCAAAGAAAGGUUACCUUCUUAUGAAGACUUACUUCAAGGCUGCUAAACUGAUGACUGAAAAGGCAGAUGCAGAAGAAAACUUGGAGGAUAUAAUGGAGGAGGUUCGCAAAGUUAAUGAAAGCUUCAAAUACAACCACCCUUUGAGAAAAUGUGUGGACACAAUAUUAAAAAAGUGUCCUGUUGAGUAUCAGGAAAGAAUGGGUAGGAACAUGGAUGACUAUGAAGACUUUGAAGAAAGGCCCAAUACUUAUCCAACAGAGAAAAACCUGGCUAAACUUCAUAAGCAGGUAAUUUAUUCUGUACAACGGCAUCGUCGUACGCAGGUCCAGUGGCGAAUUCUUUUAGAGCAAGCCUUUUACCUGGAGGAUGUGGCAAAAAAUGAAACCAGUGCAACUCAUCAGUUUGUUCAUACUUUUCCAUCUCAAGAACCUGAAAACAAGAUUGCUCGGUAUCUUUAUACACCAACUGUUGAGUGGUACUGGGAGUGUCUGCUGAGGCCAUGGUUUCACAGAAUCCUUGCAGUUAUUUUGGCCACAUUUUCUAUCGUUGUCGUAUGGUCGGAAUGCACGUUCUUCAGCACAAGGCCAGUCCUGUCUCUGUUUGCAGUCUUCAUAAAACUGGCAGAGAAGAAUUACAACUAUUUCUACAUAGAGAUGGCUUGUUUCUUGACCAUCUUUUUCCUCAGUAUCUGUGUUUACUCUACUGUCUUCAGGAUCCGUGUAUUCAACUAUUACUAUUUAGCUUCUCACCAUCAGACGGAUGCAUAUAGUUUGCUUUUCAGUGGCAUGCUGUUUUGCCGUUUGACUCCUCCACUAUGUCUGAAUUUCUUGGGCUUGACUCAUAUGGAUUCAACAAUUGCAAAGAGUUUAGAACAGCCAACUGCAUAUACAUCCAUUAUGGGAUCCAUGAAAGUGUUGUCCUUCAUUGCAGACGGAUUUUAUAUCUAUUAUCCCAUGCUGGUUGUCAUUCUUUGUGUUGCUACUUACUUUAGUUUAGGAACUCGAUGUUUGAAUCUUUUGGGAUUCCAGCAGUUCAUGGGAGACAAUGAGAUGACUUCGGAUUUAAUAGAUGAAGGAAAAGAGUUAAUCAGAAGAGAAAAAAGAAAACGGCAAAGACAGGAAGAUGGUGAAAACAGGAGAAGGGAAUGGAAAGAACGAUAUGGGAACAACCGUGAAGAUUCUUCUAGAAACAGAAAUGUUCAAGCAGACCAAAAAGAGUCUAGCUUCACAGAGACGAAUACAACUAGAUCAGUAGCUUCUAAGUACACCAGAUCAAAUGGGAGGAAUGAAAGGGACACAGUUGAGCUUCUUCAAGAUGCAGAACCUCUGGACUUUAAUGCUGACUCAGUUGGUGAAGAUCCUCUCGACUCUGAUUCAGGAAGGUACCAGCCUGGUGGAAGAUACCUGUCGAUGUCGCGAAGCAGAAUAUUUGACGAUGUCUAAACCAACAGGACUAAGUCUUGCAUCCAUUGCUGUGGUGAAUGUUCUUUCAGUAAUGCAUUCUGCAACCAACACGACCUCACUUUACAAACAGAAAACAGAAUGUGGGAAAUAAGAAACUUUCCCCCUUUAAAAAUGCACUUUGUGUAAUUAAUUGCCCAGUAUGUGCUGGGCUAGAGCAUUGGCUUCUAAAACUGGAACCACCUCAGCUGUGCCUUGCCCAUCUUCUCUGCCCGCUCCUUGAAUGUCCCCCCC